AAAGAAGACAAUUUUAGGAGUCAUGGAUGAAAUACGCUCUUGGUGGGAGGUGCCAUCCAUCGCACAUUUCUGCUCGCUUUUUCGUGAAGCUUUCGAUCUUCCUGAUUUUGACAUUGAGGAACUAGAAGAUGCCUUGAUGCUUAGUGGCACUGAAGAAAACAGCCCUAUGUUGGAAGAGCUCAUAUGGCAACUUCUUGGAGGAUGCUACCAAAGGAAAGAUGUCGGGCAGUUUAACUGGGAACUCUACCUUAAGGACAUAGUGAGGCAUAGGUACACAUACGAACUCAACAAAUCAAAUCCAUUCGAGUCGGAUGAUACAAAAUUUAUUAACCUAACUGCCAGACAAAAGGUGGAGCUACUACAUUCACUUUGUGACUUCCGGCUCGAUGCUGAUGAUGUAUUUGACCGAUUCAAGGGGCUAGAUGCAGAUACUUUACGACUUGAUCCACUAGGGACUGACAACAAUGGGGCCACCUAUUGGUAUUUCUAUGGUACUAGGCUAUAUCGGGAAGAUUCAGAAAUAGAAGAGCCAGAUUUAGUUGAAGAGGAGCCCAUCAAGAAAAAAAAAAAGAAGAAAAAGAAGAAGAAAAGUGCUGAGAGAGCCAAAAAGGGUCGCAAGAAGAAGGGAUGGGGAAAAAGCAAGAAGAAAUCAAGUCAUGAUUCCUCAGAAGAGUAUGCGAGUCAAGAGAGUGACAUUGAAACAGAGAAAUCUCAAGAUGAGAAUAUAGAAAUAAAAACUGCUGCCAAAGUACCUGACGCGCCUCCCAAUAGAUGGCACAUGGUAUGCUCGAUAUAUGGAGAUUGGGUAAAACUCACUGAGAGCUUUAAGGAAAGUCGUACAAAGUGUGAGAAAGAGCUGUAUAAAACUCUCUCGGAAGAAUUUUUACCAGAAAUUUCUAACCUUAUGCAAGAAAAGGAGAAGGCAAUCAGAAGGAGACAAUUGGAAUCCCAGGCUAAGAGGACCUCAAGGAGACUUGAAGCAAAGAAACUAGCACAAGCUGAAGCCAAUGCAGCAGCUAAGCACGAAGAUGAAGGGGCUAACACAGAAGAAGAUGAUGCUGAGAGACAACGUGAACUUGAGCAACAGAGACAGGAGAGACUCAAGGCUAAAGAAGAGCGAGCCAAAAGAGUUCAAAUGCGUGAAAAUCGAGCUUACCUUUUAUCUCAGGGUAAAGAACUACCUCCAGAACUAGUCAACUUUGAGAGACAGAUAUCUAAGAAGAAAACUAUCCCAGAGGGUGGGGUUGAUCCAGAUCUUUAUGCUGGCAUGUAUAAGGUUUUAGACAACAUGAGAAAUCACGAUGAUGCUUGGCCUUUUUGGGAACCUGUGCAAGAAUCUAUAGCACCUGGCUAUUCUGAAAUUAUAGAGACUCCAAUGGAUAUGUCAAGCAUUGAGAAGAAGCUGAAUGACAAGGCCUACCUGAGCAAGAUGCAAUUCUUAGAUGAUUUCCAACUGAUGUUUGAGAACUGCAGGGAAUACAAUGGAGUGGAAAGUGACUAUUCCAAGAUGUCAACCAACCUGGAGAAGCACCUGACCAAGAUCACUAAGAAGUACAUAGUUGAAGAUGACAAUGAUUCUGGUGAAGAGUUCAUAGUAUCAAGUGAAAGGUUUACCAAGCACACUCCUAGGUCCCAUAGUAAGAGAACGGUCAAGACUGUGCAAUAUGGAGAAGAUGAGGAGUUCAGCCAGUCAGGACGCAGGAGACGACGCAGGAAAAACUCAGACUCUGACAACGAGUACACUCCCAACCAAUCAAAAUCUUUGAAUAAAACAGUGAUGGAGAAUCCUGAAGAAUGGUUGGAGGAAUUUGCUGCAUCCCCAAGCACCAAGCUCCGAAAUAUUCCAAAACCAAAGGGCAGCUACUCUGAAUUUACAUCUGAUAGUGAUGCUGAUUCUGUUAACAGCCAACCAGGGGGGAUGCCCCAGGUACAUCAAUUGAACCAGCCCCAGAAUGUAAUCAGACAACGAUUCCACCAUCAGUAUCAAAUGAUUCGACCACAGGGUUCCAAUCCGGACCCUCGGUUUCAGAAUCCCGCUGGGUACAAUCCUCAAAAUCCAGUUGGGAGUAUACCUCAUCGUAUGCCUGGAGUACGCCAGAUUCAGCGAGUCCAUCCGAAUAAUGCAAGGCAACCUUCACAGAUCAUCAGAGGCCUUCAAGGACAAUCCCUCCCUCAGCCUUCACCCAAUCCACCAGUUUAUCAGCAGAACCCUCGACUUCUUACAAUGAAAGUUUUGCCUAAUAUACCUCAGGUGAAAACAACUAUUGGAACAGCCACUACAGAUGUCACUACCAGUUCACAAAAUACUGCUCUAUCUGGUACUGUCACUCCUCAGAUUAUGCCAAAUAAUGUGGUUCAAAGCAUGAGGCCAAAUAUGGCACAAGCAAAUAUGGGACAAAAUAUUAGGCCAAAUUUACAACAUGGAGGUUUAAAUCAAGCUCAGUAUAUUCUCCAACCAAAUAUUGUACAAAAUUCUCCUCAUGCGCAAAGAAUUAUUGGUCAAUAUAUGCAGCAGGGGAAUGUCAGACCAAACAUACAACUUGGAAAUAUCAGACCAAAUAUGUCUCAAGGAAAUAUGGUACAGGUGCUGCCUCAGGGAAAUAUGGGUCAAAAUAUGCCACACGGACAGAAUAUGGGUCCAAAUAUACCACAAGGACAGAAUAUGGGUCCAAAUAUGCCACAAGGACAGAGUGUUGGUCCAAAUUUACCACAAGGACAGAAUAUGGGUGAAAACGUGCCUCAGGGAAAUAUGGGCCAAAAUAUGUCACAAGGACAGAACAUAGGUCUAAAUAUGCCACAAGGACAGAAUAUGGGUCAAAAUAUGCCACAAGGACAGAAUAUGAAUCAAAAUAUGCCUCAGGGAAAUAUGGGUCAACAGCAAACACACAGAGGUAUGGUACAGGCAAUGUUACAAAACAUUGGAGCUAACAAUACUACAAACACCAGCAUGAAUCAAUCUCCUAAUAACAUGAAUCAAGCCACUGGUUCAAGUUCGUCUCAGAUGCAGCCAUCACAUGCUGGGAUGCUCCCAAAUAUGAUGCAGGCAAAGCAGAUGUACAUUGCCAGAGGCCAGCAUCCUCAACAAGGUGGGAUGCUGCCUAGCAUGGUCCAUCAAGGCAAUAUGCCGCCUCAGGAACAGCCAAUGGGCAAUAUGUUAGAGCAGGCCAUGUUACAGGCUGGUAUAGAGGAUCCAACAGAGCAGAGCCAAACACCAGGAAAUCCCAUCCAAAUGGGAGGAAUGAUGCAGAUGUUGAGAGACAACACAAACCCCUCUGAACAAAGUUUGCUACAAUUAUUACAAGAUCCGACAUCCCCUGUUAAAUCUACUGGCCAAAUGGUGCAACAACCUCAACAAAUGAUGGGGCAACCCCAACAAAUGCCAGGUCAACCCCAACAAAUGCCAGGUCAACUCCAACAAAUGCCAGGUCAACUCCAACAAAUGCUAGGUCAACCCCAACAAAUGCCAGGCCAAUUCCAGAAAAUCCCAGAUCAACCCCAGCAAAUGCAAGGUCAACCCCAACAAAUGCCAGGUCAACUCCAGAAAAUCAUAGAUCAACCCCAGCAAAUGCAAGGUCAACCCCAACAAAUGCCAGGUCAACUCCAGAAAAUCCCAGAUCAACCCCAGCAAAUGCAAGGUCAACCCCAACAAAUGCCAGGUCAACUUCAGAAAAUCAUAGAUCAACCCCAGCAAAUGCAAGGUCAACCCCAACAAAUGCAAGGUCAACCCCAGCAAAUGCAAGGUCAACCUCAGCAAAUGCAAGGUCAGCCCCAGCAAAUUCAAGGUCAAACUCAGCAAACGCAAGGUCAACCCCAGCAAAUGCAAGGUCAGCCCCAGCAAAUUCAAGGUCAAACCCAGCAGAGAUCAGCCAAUCAAAAAUCCAGCACUGCUUGGUUUCAGAGUCAGCACCCUGGAUUUACCAGGCCUCCAAUGUCUCCAAUAGUCCCCACUCGGAAUCCCAUACUGAUGAAGAAUCAAAUAAAUCAACCAGCAGGGUCCAAUCCAAGAAUUCAGAAGCAAUAUGUUGUAGAAAAGAUUAAAGGACAGUGGAAAGCCCAGGAGGUAAAAGGAACACAAGCUCAAACAUUAAACUCCUCUCAACAAAUGAGCCAAUCAAUGAAUAAUGGUACAGUCACACAGAUGUCUUCUCAGCCACAAUUAAGGAUGCAAUCUAUGGCACAGCUUCAAACUCCUAUGUCACAACAUCAAACUCCUAUGUCACAACAUCAAACCCCCAUGUCACAACAUCAAACUUCUAUGUCACAAAAUCAAAUUCCUAUGUCACAAAAUCAAACUCCUAUGUCACAAAAUCAAACUCCUAUGUCACAGCAUCAAGUUCCUUUCUCACAGCCUCAAUCUGCAGUGUUGCAGGAUCAAAUUCCUUCCUCACAACAAACCCCUGUGUCACAUCAGCAACCCCAAACAUCACAAAUCCAAGACCAAGUCAAUAUCAUUUCAUCUUCAGCAAUUAACCAGCCUCAUGGGGCAAUCAGUCCUGCCCCUAAGGAUGCACCUCCAAAGCUAAAUAGCCCAGAGUCUUUACCCCAGGGUCUUAAUCCCACUACAGUGGCCACUUCAAGUGCAACAACCACAGGGAAGCCCACCUCAGAGGGUGAUUUUGCAAACAGCAGCCACCAGGCCUUUCUCAGUCAGUUCUUAGACUUUGCUUCUCAGAAGAAGGAGCAUGAGAGGGGAGAGGGAGAUGCAGGUGCCUUGCAACUUGGGGGGCCAGUGAAAAGAAGGAGGUCAUCAGGAUCAAAUAGUAUUCAAAAUUCCCCUAUGGAACCUCACAAGACCCCUGAAAAGGCAGGACCCCCUGCCAAGAGAAUCUGGAGGCCUGGGUUCUCUCCUGAUGGGCCGAAAACAGAGACAGAAUUAAAAGUGGCACAAACUAUUGAAAAAGUCCGCAUGCAGAUUAACAUGGAGCAGCAAAGCAAAGUAUCACAGCCUUUGAAAUUUAAAAGCCUCGCUACUGAUGAAAACGAUGUGAAUCACUUUGCUAAUGACAACAAAGAAGCUACAGAUGAUACCGAUAAUGUCUCAGUUAUUAAUGGUGAAAGAGAAAACCAGUUACCAUCUGGAGAGGAGGUAAGAGAGAAGUCUCCAGGGGUUAUUGAUGAGAACAACACUGAGACUAGCAAUGCAGUUGAACAAAACAAUGAAGUUCAGAGCAAUGUCUACAGUGAAUCCAAAUCUAAUGUUAUUGGUGUGGCAGGAACAUCUGAAAGUCGACCAACUGCCUCUGUACAGCCUAUUGUUUUUACCCAGAAUGCACCAGCAAGUACCCAUAAUGCAAUGCUGACCUCCCAGGGUGCAACAGCACAAGGAACAUUGGUACCCAGCAACCAUUCAGUAUACCAGCAGUACCUACAGCGUGAGCGAGAUAUCCAGCAACAGCAGAUGUCGCUACAGAUCCUACAGCACCAGAGGAUACAACAGGAGGUUGCUGCCCAGCAAGCCCAACAGGCCCUCCUUCAACAACGCAUGGCUGGCUAUCCAGCUCAGCUUGUUGGUCAUGGAUCAAAUAGCCCUGAUCCCAAGAUGAUGUAUCGGUUACCUAGCAACCAGACCCCAGGGGUGCCACCUAGGGGAUUUCACCCACAACAGUUUAAUGGAGCCAGUCAGGAUCCUUACAUAAAUGGCCCACAACGACCACCUUUUCAGUGAUGUACCUGAAUGACCUCUACCAGAUGAGGCAUGACAAUAGGAUUUCAGGCCAACAUAUACCAACGUUUCAACAACCUGUCUGGGUGACAUUAGAGACAAAGGCUUAAUUAAUGCCAUGUUUACAAACUACACUCUCUCAUUAGUGAAAUAAAAAUGGACAAAAAUACAUCUUGCACAAAAAAGCCUUUGUAGCAGUACACAUGAAAGACAAUAUAAUGAACAGAAUAUAAAUUUACGGAUCGUUGAACAACACAGUGAUAAAGCAUUGAUACAUUAGAAGUGAAUGUGCAUUGUGCACCCACUUGAGUAAAUAUUGUUCAAAGUAUACCUUAAAUAUGAAACAAUGGAAUUUACUGUGAAUCGUAUAAUAGGACAAACAGCCAUGAAGUUGACAAUCUAAAUAGCAUAGAAAAAUAUAUUCAUGCACAUCAUUUGAAGAGAAAUUUUAAAGAGAAAUGAAAUGUUACAAAAACAUCUUAUUGCUUCAUUUAAGUGAAACACUCUGCACUGACUUAACAUAGAAUAGGUACCUUGUUAUAUGCUUUGGAUUUGUCAGAUCUAAGUGUUGCACUUUGCUGGGAACCAAUGCUGAAUUGCUGUAGCAGAAACAAUCUUAAAAACUCAGGGUUUGUAGUUUAGUUAUUUACAAUUUGCAAUUCUUAAAUAUUUUUAUAGUUCUGCCAAUCAAAUAAAUGAAGUGAAAAUAAAAUCUUUAAAUUAUUUUCCAA